AUGGCGGCGGGUGCUUUUCUAACGGAAGAUAUUUUGAUCGUCAUCUUCACUUAUCUUCCUCUAACAUCAAUCUAUAAGUUCAAAGCUGUUUCAAAGGUAUGGUUAUCUAUUCUCUCUGACACUUAUUUCUUAACCGAAUGGUUUCAGAUUAACAUCACAAACAAGUCUCACCCAUGGAUGCAUCAUCAUACAAGGAUCAACCCCAAUGGUUUGAAGAAAUUACACCCUCUGAAGUUGGGAAAUUACACAUGCCCUGGUUUAUAUUCAAAGUCCAUGUCUACACUUUUUGAUCAUGGUUUUUCUUUUCAAUUUCUUACGGAUUCUAAACAAAUCCAAGGAUUAGAACUAGCCUUUGUAGGUUCUAGUAAUGGUUUGGUACUUUGUUAUACUACGCUGAACCAUAGGAGGAGGUAUUAUGUUUGUAAUCCACUCACACAAAAAUGGGUUUCUAUUCCUUCACCACCCAAUCCCUUUUGGUGUCAUUUUGGUGUUAUUGGUUUCUUUAGUGAGUAUUCGUCAUCCUAUACCACGAGUUGCUACAAGGUUGUACGUAUCGCAGGUUUAUCAUCAGUGAAAGUUUGGGCUGAUAUAUUUUGUUCUAAAUCGGGUGAAUGGAACUCUUUUGAAGUUUCAUGCCCUGUUAAUGUCUCAAUGGAACGACUUUGGUACGAUACUGUUGUUACCCAUGAUGGUGUUCGGAUUAACAAAGGACAUAAAAUUGUAGCUUGCAUUCUCAACAACUUCAGAACUGAUGGCUAUCAGUGUAGAAUUAUUGACUUUCCGGAUGUUGAUGGUGCUAAUGCUCGAGAUCGUAAUCUUGGGGAGUCAGAUGGCUUGAUCUGUUACGCUAGAAUUACAAAUCAAAGAACUUUGAGUGCUUGGGUGCUCAAGGAAGACAACUGGCAAUCACUGUAUGGUAUUGAGUUGCGCGAUAUCAUAGUAGAGAUGGAUUUUAAGAAACAAAAUGCAAAUUCUAGAUGGGGUUCUGCUGAAGUACUAAUACAGGUUGUAGGCUUUAAUCCAUUAGACCAAGAUGUUGUUUUGCUAGGUUGCUGGAACUAUGUUUGGGAGUUCAAUAUCCGAACCAGAAGAUUUGAGGAGCUACGCUGUCCUUGUUUAUUCUUGUCUGACAGUACUUCAAAUGAUCCUUUGAUGAAAACACCAUUUGUGCUAAAGCCAAUGCCAACAAUACUUCCACCCCUCUUCUAA